CUAUAAAAGCGCAGAAACACUUAUUAUUUUCUCGAGGAUUCUUCCCUUUCUUUAAAUAUUUCUCUCUCAAGAACUGUAGCGUACAACUUCCGUCAACCAUGGCUGCCGAAUCUGCUUCUGCAAUUCCCAAAGGCCAAGUUGAUUUGAUGGACUUCAUAGACUGGUCUGGCGUCGAGUGCCUUAACCAAAGUGGCAGCAACACUAUUGUCAAUGCCCUCAAACAGGGUUACAGAGAAGAUGAGGGCUUGAACCUGGUGAGUGAUGCAGAUGAACAGCUAUUGAUUUACAUACCUUUUAAUCAAGUCAUCAAACUGCAUUCGAUUGUUAUCAAAGGACCUGAGGAGGAAGGUCCUAAAACUGUGAAGCUGUUUUCUAACAAGGAGCACAUGGGAUUUAGUAAUGUUAAUGAUUACCCUCCAAGUGACACAGUUGUUUUAUCUGAAGAUAACCUCAAGGGAAAACCAGUUACCUUGAAGUAUGUCAAGUUUCAAAAUGUUCGCAGUGUGACCAUUUUUAUCGAGGACAAUCAACAUGAUGGGGAAACUACAAAUGUUCAAAAAAUUGUUUUGUAUGGAUCAACGGUGGAAACAACAGAUAUGAAAGGCUUGAAGAAGAUUGAGGACCAUUGAUCCUGCAAAAGAUCAUUAUAAUCGUUCAUCAUUUUAAGAAUUUUGUUUUCUUUUUAACUUCUGUAGUUUACGACAGUAAGUAAUUGGAAACUUGAUACACUGGAUAUACCAAAUAUCAGCGUGAGCUGUCGCUGCAUUGUUCGAUGCAA